AUGGAAAACAACAUAAGAGAAGACAUUAAGAAUGAUUAUGACAUUGAGUUGUCUUAUGAAAAAUCUUGGACAUGCCGAGAGAAGGCUCUUUCUUAUGUCAGAGGAACAUUGGAAGCAUCCUACCAGAAGUUACCAUCGUACCUGUUCAUGCUUCAACAAAAAAAUCCCAAGACGUUGACAGAUUUUGUCACUGAGGAGGAUCGUUUUUUAAAGACAAAAUACGGUGGGCAGAUGUUAUGCGCAGUCGCGCUGGAUGCAAAUAACCAUCUAUAUCCAGUUGCAUUUGGUAUUGUGGAUAGAGAGAAUCAUGAUUCUUGGAAGUAUUUCAUGUCAAAGCUAAAGGAAGCGGUUGGGAAGUUGAGGACUUGGCGUUUGAAAUCCGAGUUCCACGCUCACUUCGGAAAAAUCAAAUCAAAAGACUCAGCUAUUGCUAAAUACCUAGAAGGCAUGUGUUUUGAUAAGUGGUCAUGUGCUUACUUUCCUGGAAAUAGGUAUAAUAUAAUGACAAACAAUUACGAUGAAAGUUUCAACAAUAAGACCCGGGAGACUAGGAGCUUUCCAAUAACUACAUUCGUCGAAUUUAUUCGCUUUACACUGCAGUCCUGGUUCUGUGAUAGGAGAGAAACUAGUGAGAAGACAGCUAUAACUCUUGCACCAACCUAUGAGAAAUAUUUGGUGGAUAUGGCUGUAACGACCCAAAAUCACUAA